AUGCUUUGUAGGGAGAUCCAGCACUGCUGCAAAUAUCGGCGAACGCCCGAAAGUAAAUCAGUGCCACCAGAAUAUCGCAAUGAGUUUAAUUGUGGACGAAAAUAUAGCCCAUCUUACAAUAUUGCACCCACAGAUAUAACCCCCGUGCUAGCUUCGGCUAUUCAUUUCGAUGAUCAAGCGGCUAGUACCGAGCGUGUUAUCGUUCCGAUGAUGUGGAGUAUGGUGCCAAGCUGGCACAAAGGUGACUAUAGAAGACAUGGCUUAACAACAAACAACUGCAGACUUGAAGGAUUGGUCAUGUCCAAGUUGUAUAGUCCACCGUUGAACGCAGGCCAAAGAUGCGUCAUUUUGUGUGAAGGAUUUUAUGAAUGGCAAACAACGAAAAAAGAUAAAGCAUCUGAGCGGCAGGCAUUUUUUGUUCACAUGCCGCAAAACGAAGCUGUAAGAAUGGAAGAUAAGUCAACGUGGAACUUGAGCAAGGGUGGUAUUACACUUUUAAAAAUAGCCGGGCUUUUUGAUAUCUGGGUAAACGAAAAUGGAGACAAAUUAUAUAGCUAUACUAUUAUAACAUUCGAAUCUAACGAAAAAUUCUCCACAAUUCAUCAUCGUAUUCCUGCAAUACUGGAAACAGAAGAAGAGGUAACCGCAUGGUUAGACUUUCGACAUGUUGGAGUUAAUCAAGCGUUAAACAUGUUGAAACCAAGUGACUCCAUUCAAUGGUACGCAGUCUCGAAUUUGGUGAAUAACUCUAGAAAUAAAUCUGAACAAUGCAACAAACCAAUCAGUCACAAAGAAUCAGAACCCAAGUCGCCAACAAAAGGUAAAAAUAAAAUUAUGCAAUCUUGGUUAAUUGUCCAAAAAAGAAAUACCGAGGAACCUGCACAUGAAAAUAAAACGCCUUCAGAGGAACCACCAGAAAAGAAACAACGGCCUGAUGAUGAGAUAAAAUAAGUUGUUUAUUGACUGGUAUCAUUUGUGCUUCGUGCCAUAAGGCUUUUACGAGAAAUAAAAUGCAAUCGCAGGUGUUGAAUCGUUUGAGCAUUUCCAUCCCAUCGCUGAAAUUGUCGAAAUUCUUCCUCGUUACAGAGAUCCGGUAAUUCUAUACCACCACCAUUGAAGCCACCAACCUCCUUCUCAAGGGUUAUUCUGAUGGCUGCCUCGCGAGAUGCGUAUUGAUUAUUACGCUGUUUGUUAAUAGAUUGUACCAGCUUAAUUUGAUCUAAUUCCUCGUUGAAACGAGAAAGGUACCUAUAAAAAGAAAUAGUAUAAAAUGGACAAUAGGUAUAACGUAUGUCGUAAAUGAAUUAUAUCUUUACGCACAGUUCGAUUAACUGUAAAUAUUCAGAACUUUUCAGAGGUUCACUCUUGUCUUCCACUCGUUCAGCGAACCAACCCAACUUUUUCCCGAUAAUAUUCGCUUUGCUGGCAUGAUUAACUUUUUUCUUUUCGCGAUGGUUGAUUCUAUUGGUAAAUAAAUUUAUGUUGGUUUUGUGUUGUUUGAAGAAUAUGAGUAAUAAUAGAACAUACGGUUUAUACUUACUUUUUUAUUUUUCUCACUAAAGCCAACGUUUUUCGAC